UCGCAUCAUCCUGGGGCUUCUGAAUUCUUCGGAUAAAGCUGGAGGAUAGAAGCUGAUUGUGUUUACAUGAUUUUUGGCUGUUCCUAAAAGCAGAAGGGCGGAACAGCGAUGCAAAUGGACUUAAAUGCCAUCAUAGAGAAAAUGGAAACGGGCGAUCAAGACGCCGCGCUGACAGCUUUACAGACCUAUAAUAAAGAGGUAAAUAAGUCACAAUGUUUUUCGUUUACCCCAGGGGAGGAGGAAGACAGAGAGAAUGGACAUUUGCCAGAGCGGCUGGGCGAGCUAGUGCUCGGCUUCCUGGAGCGAGACCUGCAGCCUUCAUGUCAGCUGGCCUGUCUGGAAAGCAUUCGCAUCCUCUCGCGUGAUAAGAAGUGCCUGGCUCCAUUCGCCACCCGCCACGCCAUGCAGAUACUGAUCCGACAUGCCGGCUUGGAUCAGGGCGAAGGUGUCACGCCUGAGAUCCCAGACCUGGAAGUAAUCGUGGAAGCCCUGAAGUGCUUAUGCAACAUCAUCUUCAACAGUGAAGCAGCUCAGGAGGUGGGCACGGAGCUUCAAAUGAUCGUGGGAUUGGCAGAGAGGAUGAAACAGUGCCGUGAGCCACAAUGGAAUCACGAUGUUCGAUUCUUCGACCUGCGGCUCACGUUUUUGAUUACCGCCCUCCGGGUGGAUGUGAGAACCCAGCUUGCACGCGAACUGCGGGGUGUUAGUCUGCUCUCAGAGGUACUGGAUGCCACACUCUGCCUCUGUUGGCCUGACACGUAUGAGGUGGCCCGUGCGGGCGUGGACGGGUGCUCAGAGCUACCCGAGUUGGGGAGGCAGGAGACGGAGCGAGCCAUGGAGAUCUUAAAGAUUCUUUUCAAUGUCACCUUCGAUUCCAACCGCCGUAAGGUGGACGAGGAGGAAGCAGCCACUUACAGACACCUGGGUGCCAUAUUGAGACAUUGUAUUAUGAGCACCUCAGAGGGGGAGGAACGCACAGAGGAGAUGCACAGCCACACAGUGAACCUGCUGGGGAACCUGCCUCUUCCAUGUCUUGAUGUCUUGCUGAUGCCUAAAGUCCAGCAGGGGUCUAUUGAAUACAUGGGUGUCAACAUGGAUGCUGUCAAAGUGUUGCUGGAGUUUAUGGAGAAAAGACUCGACAGGGGAAACAAGCUAAAGGAAACCCUGCUGCCUUCAUUAAAUCUACUGACGGAGAGUGCCCGCAUUCACAGAGAGACGAGAAAAUUCUUACGAAUGAAAGUGCUUCCCCCAUUACGAGAUGUCAAAAACCGACCCGAGGUUGGUAACGCCCUGCGAAAUAAGUUGGUGCGUCUAAUGACCCACAUAGACACAGACGUGAAGCACUGUGCGGCUGAGUUCCUGUUUGUGCUGUGCAAAGAGAGUGUUUCCAGGUUCAUCAAGUACACAGGUUAUGGUAAUGCGGCGGGUUUGCUGGCGGCACGGGGCCUGUUGAGAGGGGGGCGAGAUCCUGGUCACUAUUCUGAGGACGAGGACAGCGACACUGAGGAGUACAGAGAGGCGAAGCCUCAUAUCAAUCCUGUAACUGGACGUGUGGAGGGAGAGCAGCCCAACCCAAUGGAGGGAAUGACUGAAGAACAGAAAGAAUAUGAGGCCAUGAAACUAGUCAACAUGUUCGACAAACUCUCCAGGCAGCAGGUAAUCCAGCCAAUGAAAAUUGGAGCUGACGGUAAAAUGACCUCAUUGGAACCACAAGAACUCCAAUUUUUAGCCCAUCAACAGUUUGGAGAACCCAAUAAUUCUGAAAGUGACAGCGAUACAAACUAAUGGGGCAUCCCCGAAUUCCAUUGAUGGGAUAUUUGGAAUGUUGCAGUGCAAGCAAGCACUUGAGUCCUUUAACAGGACAGAUUGGAUUGCUUAUUUAAAUAUAGGCCUAAUCAAAAAUAAAAACUCUUGGUGAGUCAUAUUAAAGAAUCGAAUCUUUCGACACAACCGCUGUUUACUCAUAUCACCUAGUGAUAUUGUUUUCAGUUCAUUUGAAGUUUAUUGUGUUGGCCUGUAAUAUGUUCUAUACAAUGACAGUGAAAACAUGGUUUAGUUCCACAGAGCUUGUAUUUAUUAAUUUAACAGAAUUCAUUUACAGUAAUGGAACUUUCUGUAUUCAUAACACUAUAUGAUGUCAUGGGAGCACAGAUUAAUUUUUCAUUUAGACUGUGGCCUAAGAAGUAUGUAUGAAUGAUGACAAUGAGAGAGCACUGCUAUUUAUUCAUUUGGUUUUAGGAUGAACUGAACUGAGCAGGGGAAUUAUUUUAAGUUACGAUUUUAAAAAAGAGUUUAUGGAAUAUGUGAUAUUUUCAGAGAAUCAUUCUUCCUUUUGCUUAAAACAUUUCGGUUUUGCACUACAGCAUGUAAAGCCUCCUGUGUUCAGUUUUGUUCUUUGGCAUGGUUAUUAUUAUUGGAUCAACUCUUCAACACAAAUAGUGAAUUGUGAUGUGUGUGGAAAAGGGGCGAGUUGCUGUAUGUUGUUGUAGGUAGCCACAGUGAUCCAUUGGUAAAGAUGUUCAUAUAAUACAGUAUGUAUGAACGACUGAGAGGAAUGUUGUAUUUCAAAUGAUUUGUAUCACGUUGUGUUAAAAGAACUUGAUUGUGAUAUCAGUAAUAAAA